AUGUAUCCUCAAAACAAAGCAUCACUUCUUACUGGCGCCACCGAAAGGGGCCAGUUGACUAGAGUCGGCGAGACUAUUUAUCCUUCUAUAAAUGACAAUCAGAUACUAAUCAAGGCUGUUGCGUAUGCAGCUAAUCCAACAGAUUGGAAACACCCUGUUUUUGGCUGGGGAGGUGAAGGGGCAAUAGCAGGCUCAGAUGUCAGUGGAGUCGUUGAAGAAGUGGGAUCAGGCGCAAAUGACUUCAAAGUCGGGGAUGUGGUUUCAUCGUUUAUACACGGAAAUUAUUUCAAGGACAGAGGUGCGUUUAGUGAUUAUGUUGUUCUCGACCCAAUUACUACCAUUAAAUACCCGAAAAGGAUCUUGAAAAACGAACCACUUGAAGUUGGUUUGGAAUCUGCGGGUUUAAUUGAUACUUUUGAAGGUGCUGCUUCGGUUAAUCUAGGACUUGCUACGAUUGGGUUAUCGUUCCAUCACAACCUUUCUAUCAAGGCUGACAAGAAGAAAAAUGCUUCUCAGUAUAUCUUACUUUGGGGUGGUGGUACUACAACAGGUAUUUUAGCAAUCCAAGUGGCUAAACUCGUUUAUGGCCUAAGGGUUAUCACCACUGCUUCACCAAAGCAUCAUGAUUUUUUAAGAUCAUUAGGCGCUGAUGCAGUUUUUGAUUACCAUGAUUCUGAUGUAGUAGAUCAGAUCAAAAAGGUUGGUGGAGCUAAUAUUCCCUAUGCAUUUGAUAUGGUUUCGAUUGACACGAGCUUUCAGCUGAUUUACGAUGCUACCUCAGAAACCGAAGAAGUCAACCUUGAUAAUUUAGGAUUUUUAAAUGCUAGUAGCAUCAAAACUGAAAAUUCAAGAAAGGUCAGGUUCGAAACCACAUUAGUGAAUUCAGUUACUGGGGAGGAUUCAAACUAUGAUGGCCUUAAGUUUUAUUCUAACCCAAAACUAGUACAAGAUUUCCACGAAUUUUGGUAUGAUGUUUUCCCUCAAUAUAUUACUAAGAUCAAGCAUCCCAAUUUGAUAGUUUUGAAGGAGGGUUUAGAGUCCGUAAAUGAAGCGCUUGAGAUUUUGAGAGAUAAUAAAGUCAGUGGUGAGAAGAUAGUUUUCAGGGCAUCACGUAAGUAA